UCCUCUUCUUUGCCUCUGUUUCCUUAUCAGGAUACUCCAUCUAUUAAACUUUAAGUAAAGUGACAACAAUAAGAUGUAAAUCCGGCAUUAACAGUGGCGGAGGGAGGUAAAAAGGAGAGGGGUCCUAGGACCCCACUUGGCAAACAAUUGGGCAACAAAACCCUUUAAAUACAUAGGUUUUAGUACGAUAAUUCAAGUUUAGGACCCCAUACUCUCAACGAUGUUAGCUCACCAAUGACCCCGGUUAACUCAAAAUUCAUUAAAUACAUAAGCAUUACUGUUAGUAAAUUUUAAAGGACCCCAGUACACUCAAUAUCUGGCUACGCCACUGGGCAUUAAUGAAUGUAAUCAAUCUUCUUCUAGCAGACAACAGAUUCGUUUAAGAAGGAAGCAAAUCGGAAACUAAAAUUGUUACACAACACAACCAUAAUUAUUAAAUGAAAAAAUAUCUCCCCUCCUCUCCUUCUUCUUUUCCCCCGAUGAAGCGGACACCUACCCCAACUAUACCCCUCCCCUCCCCAAUUGAUUUCGAUUUUCGAUUCAGUUCCUCCCCUCGUCCCCUCCGCCACAUUACAUAUAUAUAUAUCUACGCCAACCCCCGCUAUCAAAUCCCACCCAAUCAUUCAUAUCUUAAUAAUCCCUUCCCCCAAAAUCCCCCUGCUUUAAUUUCUCCCUCUGUUUUCCCCGGCGAUGGCUUCCGACCAGAUCGCCCACGAUUUCCCAGGCUUCUUCAAGGUCUACCAAGACGGCCGCGUCGAGAGAUACUGGGACACCGACCACUCCCCGGCGGGCCUCGAUCCCGAAACCGGAGUCGAAUCCAAGGACGUCCUCAUCUCCCCCGAGCCCGCCUGCGUCAAGGCCAGAAUCUUCCUCCCCAAGGUCCCCGCCGGCAAGAAGCUUCCCGUCCUCCUCCACUACCACGGCGGCGGGUUCUGCAUCGGAUCCCCUUUCGCCACCCCUUUCAAGAUCUUCCUCUCCACCCUCGCCACCCAGUCCGGCGUCAUCGCCAUCUCAGUCGACUACCGCCUCGCUCCCGAGCACAAGCUGCCCACCGCCUACGACGACUGCUGGGCCGGGCUCCAGUGGCUCGGUCGGCACGCCGACGGCCGGGGACCCGAACCGUGGCUGAACCAGCACGCGGAUCUGGGGAACGUGGUCCUGGCCGGGGAGAGCGCGGGCGCAAAUCUUGCCCACUACGUGGCCGUCCAGGCCGGGGCGAAGGGGGUCGCGGGUUUGAAUCUGACCCGGAUGGUUCUGGUCCACCCGUAUUUCGGGACCGAUCAGCCCGACCGGUUUUACCAGUACAUGUGCCCGACGAGCUCGGGCGCGAAGGACGACCCGAGGGUGCACCCGGCGGGCGACCCGGAUUUGGCGAAGCUGAAGGUUGGGAGGAUUUUGGUGUGCGUGGCGGAGAAGGAUGGGCUGAGGGGAAGGGGCGUGAGCUACGCGGAGACGAUGAAGAAGAGCGAGUGGAAAGGGGCGGUUGAUUUUUUUGAGACCAAAGGGGAAGACCAUUGCUUCCAUUUUUUCAGCCCCAAGAGCGAGAACAUUGCUCCGCUCAUCAAAACCGUCAUCGAUUUCGUGAAGCAAGAUGGAGGCAGCAAGCUAUGAUAAAUUGAAGUGUUUGGAUUUGAGGGAGACUGAAGCCGGCCGGCCUGUGGGGUUAAUUAAGUUAGUUGGGUAGUCGAUGUUAUGGAUGGAUUGGAUGGUGGUAGCAUGACCGCAGACCGCUAUUUGGUAAGGCGUAUCUACUACCGUUGGAAUGAAUGAUUGAAUUGCACAUUACCCUUGAGAGUGUGAAAGUAAGGAAAUAAAUGGACUGAAAUUGUAAGCUAAAAUAGGACUCCCCACCGUGUCCCUUCCAGAGCGUGUCAUUUCACCAUUGAAUAGGAGAAGGUGGCAGUAUAGUAGUCCUAGUUAGUAAAAUAUGGUGCAGAAAAGUUACGUAUUUUAUACGUACCUGUAUUAUAUUUCGUCUCUAAAUUAAAGUUACGUUUAAUAGUACAUUAAUAGUUAUAAAUACAUAAAAUUAAUCAUUUCAAAAAUAAAUAAAUAUAUAAAUAAUAGUAAAGUUAACAAUUUAAU